AUGUCUGGCUACAAUGGACGGCGGCCCAAUGUCUCGCAAUACAUUGCGGGUCUAAACACGAUUCCCAGCCAUCAGGAUCUGCUCGCACAGCCCGCAAGUCUGGAGGAGGACCUGUCUAUGUUCAACACCGACUUCUUCGACUUUGAUGCACUCUCUGGUCUGGAUCUACCGGAUCUCACGCAGCAGAACUUGGAGUAUGACCCUGCGGAAGAGGAACGCGCUCGCCGACAUAAUGCUUCAGGUUACAGGUCAAAGCACGCUACCGAGUCCCUAAAAGGGAAGGAUGCUCUUUUGGACAAGCAGGUUGAAUUCAAUACGGGCAUUGAAGGUGCUGACUAUCAAUUCUCGGGCUUCAACUUUCCAAAUCUGGUUGAUCCCGCGGCUCCCGCAAACUUCCAGUCCCAGCAACAAGUUCAGUACAACAUCCCGACCCAGCAAAGCUCUCCUAGCAUCGCCUCUCCGACCUCGCCUACCAGCGACGGUACCGGCAUCAAACGCAAGUUCGACUCUGUCGGCGACCUCAACGGUAGCCACGGUGUUGAGGACGCCUCCCGUCACGCCGCUGAGGAAGACAAACGUCGUCGCAACACCGCCGCAUCUGCCCGCUUCCGGGUCAAGAAGAAGCAGCGCGAGCAAGCUCUCGAGAAGUCAGCCAAGGAGAUGUCCGACAAGGUCGGUGCGCUCGAGUCAAAAAUCACCAAGCUCGAGACAGAAAACCGGUGGUUGAAAGAGCUUCUCACCGAGAAGAACGGCAAAGCCACUAUCGCCUCCAUGGUCGCCACGAAACCUCCCAAAGAGUCUAAUGUCGUACGGAGUACCGGCGAUCACACCACUGGCGUCGGCACCGAUUCCAAGGAAGUAAAGGCCUAA